AUGUUAAAUAAUGAUUGUUUUCCGUUGUCUGCCUGUUUCCCAGGUUACCAAGUUUACUAUAUCGGGAAAGCGAAUGCAGGAAGUAGUCUAGACUACCAGACAGAGCCCACCUAUGAUCUGAGCGUCCGCUGUUCGGAUCCCGCUGGGGUAGCAGUAUCGGAAUUACAGACUCUUCGUGUUAAGGUGCUGCCUGACCAAGCCCCAGUCAUCACCGGUGGACCCAUAGCUGUCAGCAAAGACGUGAGCGCAGAAGACACCAACCUCGGUGACCUUGUGUACACAGUGCAAGCGUCAGACCCGGAAGGUCUCCCCAUCCACUACUCCAUCGUCUCUGACACGUCCGGAGGCUUUUUCGACGUCGAUCCUUUGAGCGGACGUAUGUCAGUGAUCAAAGACCUGAUGCUGGCAACGUUCACGUCUGCUGAGAUAGUCGUGGAAGUGUCGGACGGCGGCCGCCAUACUGAACAUCUGACUGUGAGAAUUCCUCUGAAAAACCGUGACAUCAGCCUUGCACCAGGGACCGGCCUGUUGGACUACGAGAGGGUCCCCCGACAGUACCAUAUCACCUGUACAGCCCACGACGGCUACCUCACCUCCCCCGCACACACACUGACCAUUGACGUCACCGACGUGAACGAACCGCCUCAGUUUGACCGGAACUUGUACUCUUGUGCCUUGAAGGAGGCGAAGACGGGCAUGUCGAGCUGCCUGCCCAACAUCCACAUCACCGACCCCGAGAACGACGCCAUCUCCUUGACCUUUGUCCCCGGCAACCACAGCCACAUGUUUCACUACGACAGCAGGCUGGGACAACUCACGUUCGCGGAGGACUUCGACGUGGACCCUCCAAGAUACCACCCAAUGCUGACGUACGUGACUUUGAUAGCGACAGACCCAGGGGGCUCCAGUGCUUCCGCACAGAUCAGAAUUACUGUGGAGGAUGUCAACGACAACACUUGCUCUUUCUCGGGCAGUACAACCUUCACAGCCAAUCAAGGAACACCUCUGUCUGUACUGGGUACCAUAGGUGUCUGGGACGAAGACUUUACUCCCCCCAACAACGAGGUCUAUAUAGAACAACUGCACGGAGAUACGCAAUACUUGCGGGUAUUCCCAAACGGUGAAGUUCGUUACGUGAACACUAUCCCGGAAACGGAGCACGGCCGGUCGUUUUUCGUCACCGCGGUCUGUAAGGACAGAGGCUCCCCCGUCCGCUCUGCGACCGGCACCAUCAUGUUGACCUAUACGACCACAACGUCAACCACCACAACCACCACCACCACCACAACAACCACCACAACAACCACCACACCGCUGGUGACGACGGUCGAGGCUGACAGUGACGAUGAUCCGUUUGAUGACGAAGCGUUCGUUGGAGUUUUCGCUGCGCUGAUGGUUUUACUGGCAGUUGGACUACUGCUGGGCCUGAUGUAUCUGCUUCGUUAUUGUUUUCAGUGGCAGAACUGUUUUAGGAUGAGAAGACCCGCGACGCCUCUCAAAGUGAAGCCGGCUGCAGAGGGUGACUAUUUGAAGACAUCCGGGGUAUCAAAAUCGUCGGCGGAGUACAAAGACUUCGCCUGGAGAUCAGGAGAUGGCUUCGAAACUGGACUCCCCGCUCCUCGACCUACGGCAGCACUCACCAAAGUAGUACCUUAGACUUACUUAGAGGACAGACACAGUAGUACCUUAGACUUAGAAGACAGACAAAGUAGUACCUUAGACUUACUAAGAGGACAGACACAGUAGUACCUUAGACUUACAGGACAGACAAAGAAGUACCUUAGACUUAGAAGACAGACAAAGUACAGUCCGUGCGGGUGUCUAAAUAACAUUGCACACUUUUGCGGGACCGCUAUAUUGGCCUACUUACAAACUAAGGGAAAUAGCA